AUGUACGGGCCACCGCACGCCUCCAUGAAUAACCCCACCGCCGACCACCGCGUCCACCCCCAGGGUACAACUCACAUCGACGAAGACGGCGAUGAGGACGACGUCGUCCAGUGCUCUAAUGGGGACGAUUCCGUGGAAAACCCUCCAUCCCAGAUCGGGUACGACCCGGCGAACAACUCCCACUCGCCGCACGCGCUGUCCAUCAUAGAGGCGCCAGUGGAGGCGAGUGGGCCCCACGGUCUUUACAACCCGGACAUGGAUCCGGCGCCGCCUCCGCCAGCCGCCGGGGAGGGUGGGGCCGACCAGCUCUCCCUGUCGUUUCAGGGGGAAGUUUAUGUUUUCGACUCGGUUACCCCCGAAAAGGUCCAGGCAGUUUUGUUAUUAUUGGGCGGGUAUGAAGUACCCACCGGUAUCCCUACUCCCGGGAUGACUCCUCAAAACCCUAGGAAUUUGGGUGAUUUUCCUGCAAAGUCAAGCCACCCACAGCGUGCUGCCUCUUUGAACCGGUUUAGAGAAAAGAGGAAAGAGAGAUGUUUCGAGAAAAAGAUUCGGUAUAACGUUCGCAAGGAAGUUGCUCUGAGAAUGCAGCGUAAGAAAGGGCAGUUCACAUCAUCCAAGUCAGUUGGUGACGAAACAGGUUCAUCGGCUGACUGGAAUGGAACUUCGGGCUCAGAAGAGCAGGAGACCUUGUGCCGGCAUUGUGGGACUAGCUCGAAAUCCACUCCUAUGAUGCGACGCGGGCCAGAUGGCCCACGAACUCUGUGCAAUGCAUGUGGUCUCAAAUGGUCCAACAAGGGACUCCUGAGAACCCUUCCGAAAGUUCCCAUCAUUGGCGUGCAACAACAUGCUAUGAAGCUUGAGAGUGAAGCAAACGGAAUAGAUACAGUCUUGCCACCAGCCAACAUGAUAACAUCUUCCAGUGGCGACAACUGA